GCUUAAAAAAUUAAUUAACUUUACCGAGAUAUUGAACGACUGUGCCGACGCCAUCGCUAAAAAGAACUAAAACGCGUGUGAAAAUUGCUGUGCAUUACUUUUAACAACUGCAGACGCAGGUUUCUUAAGUUUAUUUCCUAGCCUGAGUGCUCACAUUUGUGUUAGUGUGGUUGUAGGUGCGUGGUUUUACAGCUAUGAGACGUCGUAGCGAGCGAAAAAAAUCGGCAUCGCCUGCUCCAAUGCCGGCACGGCGAAGUCGGCGAUCAUUGAAAGCCUCGGAAAAUGAAAAGAAUGAGGAUGAUGCAGUGUUGGAAGAAAAGAAUGAGUCAGGAGAGCUGGGGCAAGCAGCACCAGCACCUGAAGAAAUCGAUGCGGAGCGAGAGAGUGGCUCGAGUGAGGAACGAACGGCGGCAUCGCCAGUGCGCAAAAGCCGCACCCGCACGACGCCGAAAAAACGCAGUGGUGGGGUCAGUUACCGUGACAAAGGCGCCAUAAACUCCAUACCCGAAGAGACCGAGAACGGUUCUGAAGCAGAUGCAGAUGCCAAGCUGAUUAACAGCAACAGUCUGCAAAAUGAGGGUGAAGAUAAUCCGCCUAAGCCGGUGCGGAAGAAGAGCGACGAAGCCGUAACUAUUAAGACGGGUAAGGAUAGGGAGGCAGAAGAUGGGCAACAGCCGAUUAGGCGACGCGAACAAAUGGACAAAAAUUCUGGAGACGACGAUAAUCAUAGGGGGGACAAACGCAGCGGUGGUGAUGCUAAUGAGGCAGGAAUGGCGACCGCUGAACGGACAGGCCAGCGGAACGUAGAGGAAGAGGUAAAAAUUCCUUCUCCUUCAAUUAGCUUAACGGCAAAUAAGGAUGAGGAACAUCUAAAAACAUCAACUGAUGUAUUAGACAUUCAAACAGAGGACGUCGAUGAAAGGGAAGAGGCUACUGCACCAGCUGCCGCCACCGGUGUAACAGAUGAGGGAACUCCCAAAGAAGAACGCCGCGGGGAACGGGAGAAGAAAAAACACAAGGAGACGAAACAGGACGAUAGCCUUAUAAAGGACAGCCAAUCACACAAAAGUGACGAGCACAAGGAGAAUCGCAUUGAAGGUAAAACAUCGGACACCACACCAGCAGAUAUCCAACAAGAGCAGGACGUAGCAGUACCCGAUUUGGCUAGCGAUAAGCGCGAGUCCGCAUCAGUGCAAACGCAGCGUUCCGUACGCAAGCGUAAAUGGUUAACCAAGAAGGGCAACGAAAGGUCUGCGCCAGUGUUAGCUAUAUCGACUGAUUCGCUUAAGAACAUCAUAGCAGAUGUUGUGCAGCCAGUCUCGCUAAGCGAUGUGCAGCUGGAGUCAUCUUCCGAGGAGGAGGGUUUGGUCACCAGCGAUCAUGAUUCGAACGAUCGUUCCAUGACGCCAGAGUUGGUGAGACCAACAGCACCGCUGGAUGGGUCCAAAGCACAGCGCAAAGAGCGUGACAGUGGUGUCGAGGAUCAGCAACAAAAGGAGAAGGAAAAGAUUGCGAACAAUUCAACGCCAGCGACUCCAAAUGCUUCCAGUAAAACAUCCGUCGCUAUUGCUCCCGCGCCCAGUGUCACACGCUCGCCCAGUCCGGCGCGCAACACAGCCAGUCAUGUACUCUAUAUCACGAAUCUGGUCCGCCCCUUUACGGUACUGCAGCUCAAAGGACUGCUGGCGCGUACAGGCAAAAUAGUUGAGGAGAAUGGCUUCUGGAUAGACCGCAUCAAAUCUAAAUGUUAUGUUGCGUAUAGCACAGAGGAUGAGGCCAUUGAAACACGUCAUGCCCUUCAUGGAGUGCGCUGGCCGGUAUCAAAUCCGAAGUGUUUAAAUGUGGACUUUGGCAGUCGCGCGGACAUGGACCGCGCAAUACAAACAUCACAGGAUGAUGUGCCGAAAUAUGCACAGGAAAACACCAGGGAUAAUCAGCAGUCGAGCAAUGCUUGGUCGCGCCUGGAUGCAACCGAUAAAAAGCCAACGCGACCGGUGCGUGAAUGGGAUGUGGGCAAAAGGGAGCCAAAUGAUCGUGAUAAAAUCAGCAGCGAUAGGCGUCGUGGCAGCAGGGAACGUCUUGGUUCCCGCUCACGUGACGUGGAGCGUGGCAGUGGUACUGAACGUCUUGGACAAGAUCGCAAGCGCUCUCGAGAAAGGGAGCGGGAAAGGGAACGGGAACGUGGCGUUCGUGAGCGCGAUCAUGUGCAUGGACGAAGCCGUAGCGGCUCACCUGCGCACAAAUUAAAGAAGAAGGAUGAACCACCUAUUAGAUUAUUAGAUGAUCUUUUUCGUAAAACCAAGGCCACGCCAUGCAUCUACUGGCUGCCAUUGACGCCGGAAGCGAUUGCUGAAAAGGAGGCAUUCCGCCAAAAGCGCAUUGAGGAGCACAAGCAGCGGCAAAAGGAUCGUGAACUGGAGCGACAGAAGGAGCGCGAACGUGAAAAAGAACGUGAACGACAGCGUGACACGCGUCGUAAUCGAUCAACUGAACGUCGGCGUUCCCGUAGUCGAGACAGACGACGUUACUAGGCGACGGAAUAACAAUUAACAACCCAAUAAAAAAUGAAAUCAACUUCAAACUCUAAAUUAAGACUUAGAGCUAACAGACCGACACAGCAAGAACAACCACAAAGUUUCUAAGGGUUUCCAAUAGCAACCCAAUUUUAGUUCUGUUUAUAUUUCGAACGUUAUACGUUCACUUCGCUUUUGGCGUCCAAAUGUUCAACUUGAAGUUACUGAAAGGCUACUCAACAGCGACUUCAAUUUGAAUAUUUCGCUAACGUGAAAUACCAAAA